GGUACAAAGGUUAAAACAUAAGUGAAAUGUAAUCAUAUGACAUACUUUUUUUUAAUGGUGUAGAAGAAACAGUAGACUCCUUAGCACACGAAUCUCAGAGACAAAAGAAAAAAGUAAAGGUUUGCAAUAUGAAAACUACAUGCAUCACAAUCUUGUUUUGGCCCCUCUCCAUGCUAUUGUUAUCAGACGACAGCCAGUCUUCUAGAACAGAAGUCAAAUAUAAUUUCACUGAAAUGAAUUAUUCGUUAAUUCCAGUGGAUAUCAAUAAAAACAUUACUAUACUUGAUCUCAGUUAUAACCAAAUUUCUCUGAAUGUUACAGACACAAGGGUUCUACAGACCUAUUUUUUACUCACUGAACUCUAUUUGAUUGAGAACAAUAUCAUUAUGUUAUAUAAUAACAGCUUUGGUAACCUCUCCAACCUAGAAAUUUUAAAUAUGUGUACAAACUCCAUCCACAUAAUUCAACAGGGUGCGUUCAUAGGCUUAAAUAAACUAAAACAGUUACAUCUCUGUCAAAACAAAAUAUUUCAACUGAAUCCUGAUAUAUUUGUGCCUCUAAAAAACCUAACACUUCUGAAUCUGCAAGGCAAUUUGAUAAGCUAUUUUGAUGUACCACGAAUGUUUCAUCUGGAAUUAAUAAUUUUAUAUGGAAAUCCAUGGAACUGCUCUUGUAGUCUACUGAAUUUGCAGAAAUGGUUGAACACCUCAAAUGUGACACUAGAAAAUGAGAACAUCACCACAUGUGCCUACCCAGAUAUCCUGAAACGCUAUAGUAUCACAACUGUACCAUACAAUGCUGAAUGCUACUCAAAAUUUUCUCCACCUAUAAAUGAAGAUCUUUAUAACCACUCUCAGUCCAUUAACAAUUCAACAUUUAACAGCUCUUUGAACAACUUAAAAAAUUCAGAACAUAAACUUCUUGGAAAAAGCUGGGCUUUUCUUCUCGGUGUGGUAGUCACUGUACUGAUGACUUCAUUCCUCAUUUUUAUUGCUAUCAAAUGCCCAAUAUGGUAUAAUUUUCUGCUUAGUUACAAUCAUCAUCGCCUGGAAGAGCAUGAAGCAGAAACCUAUGAAGAUGGUUUUACUGGAAAUUCAAGUUAUCUUUCACAGGCCUCACAUACAAACUCUGAAGAAACUACAGUAAUAUUUGAACAACUACAUUCAUUUGUAAUAGACGAUGAUGGGUUUAUUGAAGACAAAUAUAUAGAUACUCAUGAAUUACGUGAAGAAAAUUAAUUCUUUUCAAUGUUUGAUUCUUUAAAAAUGUUAUUGGCUCACUCACAGUUUAGACAUAGAGAUUAGGCAUGUGACAUACCAAACUGUGGCUAGUAAUACUUUCAUAUUAAUUACAACACAUGAAUAUCAUAAAAUCAUGUUUUUCUCAUUGGUACUGAGCAAGUAUGUGCAAAUAUAGUAAACGACAUUAUCCGGUAGCUAACAGUUACAACAGAAGCAUUACUUUUCUCAGCAGUAUUCAGGAGACCAUACAUCCUAAUAAGAAAAAGACCUAAAGUAAAUUAGUCAUUAAUUAAAAUGAAUUGAUUCUCAUAUUAGCCCAGAUAUUUGAUUCACUACAUAUUAAAUUAUAUUAACAUUUAUUGACUGGAGUAAGUGAAAAAUAAAGGUUUUGGAUAUGAGAAGUCAAAGUGAAGAAGCUUAAAUAUACAACAGACUAAGACUGAUUUUAUGCUCAUAGAAUGAAUUCAUGGAAUUGGAAAAUAUUUUUUCAAUGCUUCCAGAAUUAGCACAAUAAAUUUCCUGAAAAUUUAGUACUAACUUAAAGCCCAGGCACAAUGUCCAAGCACAAUCCCUAACAAGUUACUACUGAUUUCCAAAAAAAAAAAAAAGUACCGAUUUUGUCUAUAAAGAAAGACCAUCACCAUAAUGCAUGGUCGUCACAAAUGAACAGUAUGGUGGCUUCCAAAGUGGCUAUCACAAGUAUCUGUGAAUCCUGUUUUUAAAAAUCUAUUUUUUUCCCUCUUAGGAGAACUC